UUUGGCCCAAAUACCAUAUAUAACUAUUGUAACUCUAGAGGCAGUGCAUCUCUUGAUUCUUUCUUCCCAUAAAAAUAGAACAACAGGCGAAGCAGGCCAAGUCACUCCCUCAAAGCCUUAGCCUAUCUUCUGCUCCAGCAGCAACGUGACUCCCUCGCCUUUUGUUUUUACUUGCUCUAUCUCUUCUCUUCAUCACUGUUUUGUUUAUAAACCGAACCGGACUAGACAUCGGUUUCCGGUUAAAACGGUUUGACCGUACGGUCCGGUUCGAUUUUUUAGAACAUUGCCUGAUAACCGUUCAUUCAUCAUCAACCGUGAGAGCUUCAAUGGCUUCGCGCUUUUUCUUCCUCCUCCGUACCAACGCCAUCAAUAAAUCCUCCAAAGCCCUAAUCCCAACCCUUCCAAACCCUAUUUUCUCCAUUUUCAGUUCGCAAUUGUCCACCUCCUUCCUCGUCACCAAAACCCCAAAGAAGCUCCGAAAGAAGCGCAAGAAAAAGGACAGUCCAAGAACCAAGCUCGUUCAGACCCAACCCAACCUCAUUCCUCACCUUGAGCGCAUUGUCGAACGCGACGCGCUCUUCAGAUUCAUCAACAAAACCAAGCAAUUCCUCUCCGCCCAACCGGAGCACGUGCUACGCCUCGACGACGCCGGGAAACUCCAUCGCGAGCUAGGGUUCCCUCGCGGCCGCAAUGUCACGCGCUUCAUCCUCCGCCACCCGCUCCUCCUCCAGACCUACCGCCACACCGACGGCAAGAUGUGGUUAGGGUUCACUGAUCUCAUGGAAGACCUUCUCUUGGAGGAGCAAGCAAUCAUGGAUUCCAUGGAGCAAGACCGCGUUGCAAAGGUACGAAAAUUGCUCAUGAUGACGUCACAAAAGCGUGUUCCUUUAAGCAAAAUUCACCACUGUAGAACCUUGUUCGGCAUACCUGACGAUUUCAGGGACCGGGUGAAGAAAUACCCGAAUUACUUUCGGGUUGUGGAUGGUGGUGGCGGGAAGAGGGUCCUUGAGUUGGUUAAUUGGGAUCCUCUGUUAGCGGUGACCGCAAUUGAGAGGGGAUUCGUGGUUAAUGAGGAUGGUGCUAAGAGGAAGUUUAGGUUUCCUGUGAAGUAUGGUCGGGAUUUGGGUUUGGAAUUGGAGGAUACUAGGAAGCUGAACUUGUUGAACACUUUGCCUUUGGUUUCGCCUUAUUCGGAUGGGUCGAAGUUGGAUGUGUGGACCAUUGAAGCGGAGAAGUUUAGGGUUGGUGUGGUUCAUGAAUUUUUGAGCUUGACAUUGGAGAAGAAGGCAUCAAUUCACCACCUUGUGGAGUUCAAGGAAGAGUUUUGUUUGACAAAGCAUACUUACCAUAUGCUGUUGAAGCAGCCAAGGGCAUUUUAUUUGGCGGGGACUGAGAUGAACUGGGUUGUGUUCCUGAAGGAUGCUUAUGAUGAGAGUGGUAAUUUGGUUGAUAAGGAUCCACAGGUGGUGUUCAAUGAGAAGUUGUUUAAGUACGCUCAGAUGCAAGAAAUGGGAACUGGUUCUGAGGCUAUGGAAAUGGAAUGAUUAACUUGAGUUUUCUGAAUGGCGAUGCCGUGUUGUGUUGUGUUAUUGUAUUUACCGGGAUUGGAAUGAACCUGAAAAAUGAGGUUGUGGAUUUAUGAGUGAAUGUUUAUGGAACUAGUUGCAACUGGCAGGUGAUUUAACUAUAAAUUGUAAUUUUGUAUAACAGCAUCGCAUUGGAACUUCAAUAAAUGGUAGUCAAGUUCAACUCAGGCUUGAGAAAGGAUCUUCCUGCUUGGAAUGAUGGGUGCUCUAAGAUGAAAACUCAAAGAUUAGAAUGAAAUGGCUUUCUGAUACUAUAGAUGAACACGACGUCUCUUUGGAUAAUUCAUUCUGUUCUGGUGAUUGGCUUGACAUGUAUUCACCAGUUCCCAGGAUGAAAGAAGAGGUUGGGGAGAAAUUAAAGUUGAUAAUGUCUUGUCUUAGAUGGUUUGGCUUGCACACAUGAACAUUGCAUAGGUGGCAACCAUUUUAGUUUGUCGACCACAUCCUCUCAUCUAACCACACUAUAAGAUUCUGUCUACUAACGUGUAAUAUAAUAUCAUGGUUUCAUUUGUUUCAAGACUUUCAUAA